UGUCAGGUACCCUUUGAGAUUGUUAUACUCAAGGAUCAUGAUGUAGCCAAGGCACUGAUCGAUCACAUUUCCAGCCGUGGCAUCGGGAAUUUAAUUCUUGGUGCUUCAUCCAGGAAUGGGUUUUCUAAGAGGUACGGCUACCAUUACCAAUCAAUUUCAUCUUUUCCAUUUAGUGCUUUAUCACAUUAUAUCUGUUUCGUCGAAUUAAUGAACUUUUUUCUUUUUCUUUUUGGGAUCUGCAGACUAUUCAAGACAUCAGAUAUUCCAAGUAGUGUGCAAAAGUUGGCACCGGAUUUCUGCAAUGUAUUUACUAUCAGCAAAGGAAAGAUAUGUGCAGUGCGUGCAGCCUGCCGCCGAGUGCCUGCCCUGCCGACCCUCCCGGAAGAAUCUAAUUACAUGUAAGCAUUAUAAUUGCACAACUACUUAGAUGAACUCAUAUCUGCAUCUGCGCUCUUGACAACAUGACAUACCAUAUAUGACUAGAGAGCAUUACCUUGACACUUGGUUUAUAAUGAUUCUGAUGCAUGUCAUUCUCCAGAGGCAGAGCCGCAAGCAGCAAAUCAUAUGACGAGGUCUCAGUGCAAGAGCCUGACAUGGACACUGGCCACUCUUUUGUAGGCUCAGAAAGACGAAGUACUGAUAGCAUGUUGUAUUCUUUCUACGAAAACUUUGGGCAAGCUGAAUCGACCCAAAUCUCUUCUAUGUCCUUGAAGGUGGACAUCACUGAAUCAGCAUCAGAAUCAGAUUUCGGGAGUUUCGAUGGCCUUAACACUAUGCAUGAAAUGCCAUCAGCGGAGCAGCACAAUGGCUCAGGAAAUCCAUUCUUGUCGCAGAAAGUACUGGAAGAGAUGGAAGAAGAGAUGAAAAGUCUUAGAAUGGAGCUGAAGCAAACGAUAGAGAUGUACCAUGCAGCCUAUAAAGAAGCACUAACAGCAAAGCAGAAGGCUACAGAGCUCCAAGAGGGGAAAAUGAAAGAAGAACUGAGGCUAGAGGAAGCACUACUCACCUUAGAAGCAACUACAGCAGCUUUGAAGAACGAAAAAGAAAAGUCUAAGGCAGCGAUAUUGGCAGUAGAAGCAGCUCAGAGGCUUGUUGAGGAAGAGGUGCAAAAGAGAGUGAAUGCUGACAAGAUGGAGGAGAACAAGCCAGGGGGCAUUCCCACGUCUGGAGAGAAGGAGGAGUUCAAGAUAGUCAACAAAAACCAAUUUGAUGCUAAGAUCAACGAGUUGUUUCUUCCAUUCCGCUGGUUUUGCAUAAAAUGCAAUGAAGUUGUAAUUGAGAACCCUGAUGUACCAAAAGCACUGAUUAACUAUGUUUCCGCUAAUUUAAUUGACAUUUUGGCACUUGGGGCACCAUCGACAAGAUACGGCCUUCUGCGGUUCAAAAGUACAAAUGUUUCAACCACAGUGUCAAAGGCAGCACCAGAGUUCUGCACUGUGUAUGUCGUCGGAAAAGGAAAGUUAUCAUAUGAUGAAAUGGAAGCUGAGAUGAUGAGGCUCAGGCUAGAGCUUAAGCGAACAAUGGACAUGUACAGUACGGCCUGCAAGGAAGCCCUCACUGAAAAACAAAAGAAAAUGCAACUUCACCGAUUGAAAAUGAAAGAAAAGCAGAGAUUAGAAGAGGCACGAGAAGCUGAGGAAGCUGCAUUGAAACUUGCAGGGAAGGAGAAAGCAAAAUGUCAGGCAGCAAUGGAUGCUGCAGAAGCAGCUAAAAGGAUUGCAGAAGCAGAAGCACAACAGAGGAGGAAUGCUGAAAUGAAAGCCCCUAAAGAAGCUGAAGAGAGGAUGAAGGCACUAGGAACAACGACAUACGAUCCCAGAUACAGGAGAUACACAAUUGAGGAGAUUGAAGUAGCAACAAAUAAUUUUUCACACGCUCUAGAGGUUGGGGAAGGAGGCUAUGGGCCAGUAUACAAAGGUGAACUAGACCACACACCAGUGGCAAUAAAAGUUCUACGUUCAGAUGCAGCUGAAGGAUGGUCCCAAUUCCAGCAAGAGGUUCAUAUAUUGAGUUGCAUACGCCAUCCCAACAUAAUUCUUCUUCUUGGAGCCUGCCCAGAGAAUGGAUGCCUGGUUUAUGAGUACAUGGAUAAUGGGAGCUUAGAAGACCGUCUCUUUUGGCGAGGUAACACCCCAGUUAUUCCUUGGCAGCUAAGGUUCCAAAUCGCUGCAGAUAUUGGCACAGGACUGUUGUUCCUUCAUCAGACCAAGCCAGAACCACUUGUACACCGUGACCUAAAACCCAGCAACAUUUUACUAGACUAUAACUAUGUCAGCAAGAUUUGUGAUGUACGUUUGGCCAGGCUUGUCCCUCCAUCAGUAGCUGAUUCUGUCACUCAAUAUCAUAUGACAUCUGCCGCUGGAACCUUCUGUUAUAUUGAUCCAGAGUCAGGGAUAAAAUCUGAUAUAUACUCACUUGGGGACAUGUUCCUACAACUAAUAACAGCCAAACCACCUAUGGGUCAUCACGUUGAGCGGGCUAUUGAGAAAGGGACUUUCUCUGAGACGCUUGACCCUGCCGUUCCUGACUGGCCAGUUGAGGAAGCAUUGUGUUUUGCAAAGCUAGCUCUACAGUGUGCUGAAAUGAGGCAAAAAGAUAGACCGGAUCUUGGGAAGAUUGUUCUUCCUGAGAUUAACAGAUUGAGAAAAUUAGGUGAGGAUAGCAUGAAUGGCGUUACAGUUGGUAAUGGUGAAGUAUCUUCAGCUAGACAAGUGAGUACCAUAGCAGACCUAGCAUUGCACUUGAAGUAACUGCAUGGAUGAUUUUUUAGGAGCAUCAAACAUCAAAAUGCCAAAAAGAAACCAUUCUAGACUACUGUUUAAUGAAAAAUUAAGUAAAGAGCCGGUGGAAGCUUCAUGUUGGGGUCUUUCUAUUUUAGAUGUUUUUUUAACAUUUAUUUUCUUAUUUUGGUUUCUUUAGGAGGUCAUAUAUCUAUCAAACUCAGGAUAUGAUAGCUCAAGGAGCCGUUCAAGUACAUCAUCUUGUCCACGA